UGCCUGAUGGACUUUUCCAUAGCUCUGCUUCAGUACCUGGCUGUGCUCGCUGCGGGAUGAUCGGCUUGGCUCGCAGAGCAUUUACUUCUAAUCUCCGCCUUGUGACAUCCUAGCAGAAAGGGGCAGCCCUCUCAGGAGCAGCUCCACGGGCUAGGAAGAGGGGAAAUGGCUGGUGAGCGGCUGUGAUGAGAGAUUUCCUAGUUCUGGACAUGACCUUCAGCACCACAAUGAAUCAGGAAAAACCUGUCAAAUCCUCCUAGCUCCCCGGCUGUGCAAUUUGCUGCUCCCUCGCUGUUCCCCAGACAGCAGCUUUUCUCACCCAAAGCACAGGAGCCAGCAAGUCACAAAUGACAGCUGAAAAGUGAAGCAUUACCAAAAGCUGUGUGAGACUCUGUCAAAGAGAACCUUUAUAUAUAAUUCCCCUUCUGAGCCUGGGAAGCUGUGCAUCCCAUCAGUUCCGCAGAGCGCAGAGAAGAUAUGUUCAAGUAACCAACACCAGAAACUGCACAAAUCCAUACACACUUUAGAAUAACCACACAGUGACCUACAGCAUUUAGAAUCCUCUGUUCAGAAUGGAUGAUGGGUACAGAAACACAAACCAGGUCUCAGAUGACUACAGGUACCAGGAUGGAAGCUACGAGGGAGCCAACGACGGCUACUACCGGGGCGGGGAGGAGCCCGCGCAGGAGGAGGAUGCCCAGAGCGACGUCACAGAGGGCCACGACGAGGAUGAUGAGGUCUAUGAGGGGGAGUACCAAGGGAUCCCACACCCAGAUGACAUUAAAGAGAAGCAGAAGAAGCGAGGCCCUGCCGUGGAUGAUGAGUACAGAGACCGUGCUGACCUUAUGGCCGAGAGGAUGGAGGACGAGGAGCAGCUUGCCCACCAGUACGAGAACAUCAUUGAGGAGUGCGGCCACGGACGCUUCCAGUGGACUCUCUUCUUUGUCUUAGGGUUGGCACUGAUGGCAGAUGGGGUGGAGGUGUUUGUGGUUGGAUUUGUUCUUCCCAGUGCUGAGAAGGAUAUGUGCUUGUCCAGUUCCAACAAAGGGAUGCUGGGCUUGAUAGUCUACUUAGGAAUGAUGGUGGGGGCUGUCUUGCUGGGUGGCCUGGCUGAUAAACUGGGAAGAAAGCAAUGCCUCAUCAUAUCACUGGCAAUCAAUGCUGCCUUUGCCUUCCUCUCCUCCUUCGUCCAGGGAUACGGAUUCUUCCUCUUCUGCCGCCUUAUCUCGGGCCUCGGUAUUGGGGGCACCCUCCCCAUCGUGUUUGCCUAUUUCUCUGAAUUCCUGUCUCGUGAGAAGAGGGGGGAACACCUGAGCUGGCUUUGCAUGUUCUGGAUGAUUGGUGGCAUUUAUGCUUCAGCAAUGGCUUGGAGCAUCAUCCCACAUUACGGCUGGGGGUUCAGUAUGGGAACCAAGUACCACUUCCACAGCUGGAGAGUCUUUGUGCUGGUGUGUGCUCUGCCCUGCAUCGCCUCCCUGGUGGCACUCAAGUUCAUGCCUGAGAGCCCUCGGUUUUUGCUGGAGAUUGGUAAACAUGAUGAAGCUUGGAUGAUACUGAAGCAAGUCCAUGACACCAACAUGCGGGCCAAGGGCGAGCCAGAGCGGGUGUUUACGGUUUCCUAUAUCAAAACUCCAAAGCAAGUAGAUGAAUUUAUUGAAAUCCAGAGCUCAACAGGGACCUGGUACCAACGGUGGCUGGUCAGAAUCACAACUACUUUAAAACAGGUUUGGGACAACGUGCUAUAUUGUUUAACAGCCCAGUACAGGAUGAACACACUGAUGCUGGCUGUGGUUUGGUUUACAAUGGCCUUAAGUUACUACGGCCUUAUUGUCUGGUUCCCUGACAUGAUCCGCUAUUUCCAAGAUGAGGCAUAUGAAUCCCGAGUGAAGAUCUUUGAUGAGGAAGAAGUGUCCCAUUUCACCUUUAAUUUCACCCUGGAAAACCAGAUCCACAGAAAUGGGGAGUACAGGAACGACAAAUUUAUUGGCAUGAAAUUCAAGGAAGUGAGAUUUGAGGAUUCAUUAUUUGAGGAUUGCUACUUUGAAGAUGUGAGAUCCAGUGAGACCUUCUUUGAAAACUGCACCAUCAUCUCUACUGUCUUUUAUAACACUGAUCUCUACGAACACAAAUUCAUCAACUGCAGGCUCAUCAACACCACGUUCAUGAGUGAGAAGGAAGGCUGCCACAUCGACUUUGAGGAGGACAAUGAUUUUCUGAUCUACCUGGUCAGCUUCCUGGGCAGCCUGUCCGUGCUGCCAGGCAACAUCAUCUCUGCACUGCUCAUGGACAAAAUCGGGAGGAUAAAGAUGAUCGGUGGCUCGAUGCUGAUCUCAGCCGUGUGCUGCUUCUUCCUGUUCUUCGGGAACAGCGAGUCGGCGAUGAUCGGCUGGCAGUGCCUCUUCUGCGGGGCCAGCAUCGCCGCCUGGAACGCCCUGGAUGUCAUCACCGUCGAGCUCUACCCCACCGACAAAAGGGCAACAGCCUUUGGCAUCCUCAAUGGGCUUUGCAAGUUUGCUGCCAUCCUGGGGAACUCCAUCUUUUCCUCCUUCGUAGGGAUAACCAAGGUGGUUCCCAUCCUGCUGGCCUCCUCCGCCCUGGUGGGAGGGGGCCUGCUCGCCUUGCGCCUGCCAGAGACUCGAGAACAGGUCCUGAUGUGAGCAGCAGAGCCCAGGGGGUGUGGGGGGAGGGCAGGAGUAGAAGAAGAACAAAAAAAGAGCCAUGUCUGGAAUACCCAAAAUGUUCGUUCUGUCGAUACCUCAAAGCGAGAUGGCAGAGGGGAAGAAAACCCGCAGGGAUAUGAACAAAACCAUCGUUUCUGACCUUACUACAGCCACAACUGGUGCAUGCAGCCCCCACACACCCCUUGCAGAGCUUGGGUUCCAGCUGGGAGCCCCCCUGUCCCCGUGCAUCCCCCUGCAAGGACACCAGACAGCGCUGUGAGCCCCCCGGGUGUGACACGGGGACAGACCCGACCCUCCUGCCUCUGCCCCGCUGUGACACCCUGCCCUGCCUGCCCACCCACUGGGACACAGCAUCCUGGGGAGGCAGGUAGCAAACCCAACAGGGCUAAGAGUUGCAGGCACCCCAGCUGUCUUGAUUUUGGGAUCACCACCCCACCCACCUGGAAGAGAGAGAAUCCCGAUUUCUCGAGGAUGUGAGGGUGGGUGCUCAGCUGUCUCAGAAGACUCAGAGCUUCAAAGACCUUUGCUGUCUUCACCUGGGCCCAGGGAAUCACUAGGCACCUUCUUGCUGUGGAAGAGAAAUACCUAAAUAAUUAUAUAUAUCUGUAUUUACACCUACUUGCAAACGUACACACACCCAUUGAAGUGAUCAGCUAUUAAAAUUUAGGAUUUUUAAUUUCUGCACCCUUAAGAGGAUUUUAAGAGUAACACUAAAAACAAAUCCCAGUAAUUCAAGAUUAUCAGGAUUGAUUUAGUGAUACUUUAUUAUUUACAUCCAGAUACCAAAUAUUGAAAUGUAUUAGUGGCUGGGAAUAUAUAUUUCUAUAAUGAUUAAGAGGGAUUCUUUUUCCUAUAACUUUCACAGAGGAGAAGUUGAUAUGAUAUUGGAGCAUUCCACAAACCAAAUGUGUAUAUAUUAUCCAAUGUAAAUAGGGGAUUUUUGCCUAAUACCUAGAGUAUGGUAACUGUGAAUUUACCAGCAUUUUAGCCAUAUUAUUUGAAGAAUAUGAUGCUUGAUUUUCUAAUAUACUUGGGUCUCAUUGAAACACUGUAAGCACAGUUACUUAAAGCCAUUUAACUUGUUACACAGGGAAUGCACACAGCAAGCUUUCACUGUACAGAACAUUAAAUUCCCCAUUAAGUGGCACAGUUUAGUUUGAUAUCCUGUGGAGAACAUUUCUGAAAUUUGUGUGCCCUUUUUACCAUAUGAGUUAAGUUCUGUUGCACCUAGAGGCAAAGUGAGUUGUAUACUUUGGGGUGUGUUUUCUUGGGAAACCAGAAUGAAAAGCAUCCUGUUCAAUAACACACCAGAGCUCACAUUGGAUGAGAUAACACUAAUUAUACCCUUCAACAAGCUCAGCAAUAGACCUGAAUUGAUCUGAAACCACCACAUAGUGCAGCUAAUCUGUCAAACCAGGAUAUUUUGUGGCAUAAAAGUUAUUUUGUACUUUUGCUGAUGAUCUUCUCAUUUACCUUUUGUUGGAUCUUCUUCGUUGUUUUUUUGUUAGUUUUUGCUUUUUUGAUGAUUUUUUUCAGAGAAAACCAGGCAAGGCUAGGCUGAGACCUGCAGGAGUGAUGUCUCACACCCCUGCUUUGGGGUGUGAGCCCCUUGCUCUUAGGCUGCAGCUCUGGGAGUCAGCCUGGUGCUGCUGCAGGGGCAGCUGAAGGACACUCAGCAGGCUUGGAUCACAAGCAGCAAACCCUUGCCAAUGAGGCAAAAGCCUCUAAUGAGCAUCACUUUUAUCAUCGUGUCAAUCAGGGAUAAACACUCAUGGAUCAGCCAGGCUACAGUGGGCUGUUUGAGAUUUUUGACCUUUAUUCUGAGGUUUAUGAAAUUGAUAAAAUCACAAGCUGCUGUAAUAACUGAGCUUAUAUUAUGCCUCAUUUCUUCAUUUUAUGGGUAGCUUUGGGCUUUGCUUUUUAUUAUUUAUUUUAUUUAUUUGUCUUCAAAGCAGCAAGGUUCCAUCUCUAAGGUAGGAGUGAAUGUAAUUAUGUCCUUUGGCAGCAGUUCACAGCUGCUGUUCAGAAUCACAGCCCAGAAUGUGGGUUUUUUCUCUAAGAAUAUCUGGUCCUUUUGCACGAUGAGAAACAUUUUAAAUAUGUAUUUUAACACAAAAGAUCACCAUGACCUUUAGGUUUCAUCCACUUUUUUGGGCUGUGCUUGCCAAUUAUCACACUGCAACUGGGCAGGGGGGUAAAAUUUUGUUUCAUUUCCUGGACUAUUUGCUUGUGCUGCUCUGAGGAGCCAGAACCUAUUUGUCUAAAUAUUUAUUUUGUGUACCAUUCCUAUUUACAUGUCACCCAAGUCUCACAGCAAACCUAUUUGGGUUCUCCACUGACAUUUUGCAGUGACAUUAAUGACAUCAUUUAUUUUGCAAAACUUCCCUGUUAAUUUUCAGAGAAAAAGAAGAAGAAACUGAAAUCUUGAGGAGAUAGAAAUGGCAAAGUAAUAUUAGGAAAUAUAAUCCAACCUUAGAAACUUUACAGGAUGGCUCUUUCACAGGCUGCUAAACCUCACCUCACAGACCAGCUGGGACAAGGGAUAGGAUCUCAUAGUCAAUGUCACCUGGAAACUCUUUGCAGCCCUAAAAUCCAUGGGGCAGUCACUUGAGGGCUAAGGGAUAUUUAUUGCAUGUGCUGGGACAAGGCUCCUAGCCCUGGCUUGACCAGGGAGUUUGGGAUGUAACAGGAGAGAGCAAACACACAGCACAGCUGGCACAGGAGAGCCUGAGAUAAAGAACAAUGAGCAGAGAAGGAAGAAAGGAAGAGCUAAGGAGAGCUCUCAUCACCUAGGACUGGACUGAAGGGAUUGCCAUUGUUCUCAGAGGCAAUCCAUGGGACCCUGCCCAGGCCCUGUGCCCAGCUGGAGAUGACUUGCCCUGGAUAUUCCUCUUCAUCAGGGACAGAGAGAUCCAGGGCAACACUCCAGCUCAGGCUUUGUGGCACCUGGGCUGACAUCUCCCACCCAGUUCAGUGAGGACAGCUCAGUCAAUAUUCCCAGUGUGUUUGUUUGCUGUCCUUGCCAUGUAAAUCAGCACAGGUGUCACACUGCUGCUCUCCAGAGCAAAACAGCUGCUGGCUGCAGACCCCUCUGCAUUGCCUGGGGCUUGUUUUGGGCUCAGUUUCAAGCCUUGGCCACCUGCUAGGCUUAGCCUCAGUCAUGGAUCCUUGAGCCUCAAGCAAGGGAAGAUUUCUCCUCAGGCACCUCCUCUGAUGGCUCAGCUCAAUUUCUGCUGUAAAAUCUGCUGUUGAAGGGCCAGCACACUUCCUCCCCCAGUUCCCCUGCCCACGUCUGCCACAGUGAACAGUCUCUGACUUGGAUACACUGGACCAUGCACAGAGAAAUCUGCUGACCACAGGUCCCCUGAUGGUCUCUGCACAGCUCAUGGAUUCAUGAACCUCACUGCAACAGGGACACAGAGGACCAAGGCAGGGGACUCGCCUUAAAUCCCAAAGAUGUUUUCUAGAGGACAGCUGGAUCUCCUCAUGUGUGUGUGGCACACCAGGACAGCCACUUGGCCAGGGACAUUGUGGCAUGGGAAAGGUGAGUCUGGGGAAGCCAAACUGGCCUGCUGUGGCUUUGUGACUUCAGCUGUCCAGCACUGAGGUUGGAGGAGUCCAUUGCUGAAUUUCUGAGCAGCAGACACAGGUUGAUAUAGGAACACCAAGCACUAUUGAUACUCUUAUUAAAGACCAGUGGUAUUACAAUAAAAGUUCUGCCUCCUUGUAUUCCCUGUCGAUUCAGUGGGUUGUGGUAUUGUGAUUUAUUUACUCCAGCUGUGCAGGACAGCUUCUGUUACUGCCUUUGGCUCUGCUACAUCCUAGUGAUGGUGCUGCAGCUUGUGCUGGGUGGGGUGAUCCCCUCCUUACCCAUCUCAUCAUCACUCUUUGAAAUUCCCUGAAAUGCUGUGGGACUUACAAAUGGUGGUGUAUGGAUCUCUUGGGCUAUGAAGAGGGUCAGUCUUGGAAAACCCAUAUCCAGAGGUUCUGCACACUGGGAAGUGCUCAGGCAUCCUGAUGUCCUUCAGUGACACUGGAGAGGCACUGAGGGAUGUUCCCUGAGCCUGGGAGUGGUCCAGCCCCAAGGCUGGGCUCACACAAGGGCACAGAGCAGGAUUGCAUGGAGCUGAGCUUUCUGCAGAUGUCCAGGACCCCUCCAGGUCCUGCUUUGAGAUCUCCAACAGCAGAGUACACUCUGAUGCUCUUAAGGAGGCCCUAGGUCCUUUUAUAUUCCCUGCUUAUGUCCUUUGGCUUUCCAAAGGAGUCACAAAACCUGAGAGAAUAUUUUUAGGUUUGUGUAGAUUUGAGCCCUAUGCAUUUUAUUUUGCAUUAAGUUUUUCCCUCAGUUUCUCACCCUUAUAUUAGCAAAUUCUGCUUUUAGGAUGAAUCAAGCCUGGGAACUGUGAAGGAAACAAAAUGAAAUUAAUUUCUUUGCUGUAUGUGAUGCUAGUGCUAUAUAAAUGUACACACACUGCAAGUCCCACUGUAAAUAACACCUGGCAUUGUGCUUUAAUGGAAAGUUUCAUUUAGAUGUUCUGUCAGCUCUGUGUGUGAAAUAGCCAAUUCCUGUCCCUUGGUUCCUUUUCUUCAUUUAAAACCUUUUAUUUUUUUUUAUUUGAUCUGUGUCUGGUCGUCACUGGAAAUUGCAGCUGUUCAAUGGACUUUGUUUUUGUUCUCUCUGUCACAUUAAA